UGCCCGGUCCCGUGACUGCGCGCCCCGCCCGGAGCCGCGGCCGCCGUCAUGCAGUCACCGGCGGUGCUCGUCACCUCCAGGCAAGUUCAGAAUGUCCACACAGGCAUCGACCUGUCUGUGCCCCAGCACCAGGAGGUGCGGGGCAAGAUGAUGUCCGGCCACGUGGAGUACCAGAUCCUAGUGGUGACCCAGCUGGCUGCGUUCAAGUCCGCCAAGCACAGGCCUGAGGAUGUUGUCCAGUUCUUGGUCUCCAAAAAGUACAGCGAGAUUGAGGAGUUUUACCAGAAAUUGAGCAGUCGUUAUGCAGCAGCCAGCCUCCCCCCACUCCCCAGGAAGGUCCUGUUUGUUGGGGAGUCUGACAUCCGGGAAAGGAGAGCCGUGUUCAAUGAGAUUCUGCGCUGUGUCUCCAAGGAUGCCGAGUUGGCUGGCAGCCCCGAGCUGCUAGAAUUCUUAGGCACCAGAUCCCCAGGGCCUAUGGGUCUCGCUAGCAGAGAUUCCUCUGUCCUGGAUGAUGCACACAGCCAAGCAGGGAACGAUGAGGAUGCUUUUGACUUCUUUGAGCAGCAAGAUCGAGGGGCUGGUGAGGGUCUGCCCACCCUGGGCCUGAAGGACGAAGACGCAGAAAAGACCCUAAAGGAGGAAGAAGAGGAGGAGGAGGAGGCAUUGGAUCCUCUGGGCAUCAUGCGCUCCAAGAAGCCCAAGAAACCCCCUAAAGUGGCUGUGAAACCUCGACCCUCACCCCGGCUCACCAUCUUUGAUGAGGAGGUGGACAUGGAAGACAGGCUCUUUGACCCAGGCAGGAAGCACUCCCCGCAAAGCCCCUCAGAGGAGCCACCUCCCUCAGACUCUCUGAAGCUGUUUGAUGAUCCUGACCUCGGCGGUGCUGUCACUCUGGGUGACUCCUUACUGCUGCUGCCAGCUCCCUAUGAGAGCAGAGGCCCCACAUCCAGCCCAGGCCACAGGGAUUCCUCUGAGGAACUGUUCAGAGUCGAAGAGGACUUGGACCAGAUUCUGAACCUGGGUGCUGAGCCCAAACCCAAGCCCCAGCCUAAGCCCAAGCUACUGGUGGCUGCGAAGCCAGCACUACCCAGAAAGCCAGCUGUUCCCCUCAAAGCAGGCCCAUCUGAAGCAGCAGCUGGGCUGCAGAAGCCACAGCAGCAGAUCCAAGCCAUGGACGAGAUGGACAUCUUGCAGUAUAUCCGGGACCAUGACACACCUGCCCAGGCCACCCCCAGCCUCUUUUGACCCACCCCCCACAUGCUGGCCCUGGCCUGGGCAGGCCUGCCUGUGAGGAAAGGACUGGCCAGCCAUUGCCUACUUGGGCUUCAGGACACAAAGCCAGCAUCCAGCAUUGCAGCUGUCAGCAGAGUGGGUCACAGCCGCACCCCCCACACUCAGCAGGGGGCCAGGCUGGGCUUCCAUCUGGUUCCACCUCCCUCUCCCAGGGGCAGGAUGCUCUUGGGCUUAUGCUCCGAGGCCUUCACUGUCCUCAGGGUCUGGACCUGAUCUGUGGCCUUUCAGCAGCAGAGCUGCCUUUCCAGGGGGCAGGAACCAUGUGCCAGGGCAGGGCCAGUGCCUUAGACUUCUCCUGACCCCUCAGAGCCCUGGCACACAGGUCUGGGCACCAUGAAAGUGCUCAGGAAAUUCUCAGAUAUUUAAUGGAGCAAAGAAUGUCAGGAUAAAGAAUGUCAGAAUUUCUUGGAUAAAUUCUUUAUGUUCAGGGCUAGUUUUUAAUGAAAUGCAACCGCUGUUGUUCCUUGGCCUGUCCUGCCUGGCAGAGGUAUUAGAGGGGCUGGGACUGGAACCUCAGACCCUUUUCCAAUAUACACCAAGACUCAACCCUGAGGGCCCCGGUUGACACUGGGUUUUUGCAACCGUCAGGGUCUAGUACCACCAGUGCCUGCCCCAUGCCAGGACCUGUCUGCUCUGUCCUGCAUCUUGCUAUGUCCCCCACCAACUCCUAGUCCUGGGAAGAUCCCUGCCCUCCCCUCCAUCUGUGCCGGAGUGAGAGAGAACUGGUGGUUCAGAGACAGAGAGCUAAGUUCCUCCUCUUCCUCCCCAGCUCUGCACCCCUUGCUGAUGGCAGAGGAGGGAAGGCAUGGCGAGGUGGGGGUCCGUGUCUCCCUCGGGCUCCUUCCCCUCCCUACCCUCUCCUAUGCAUUCGUCACCUUUGGUGAACAGGGCAGAGAACACACAGGGCUAGUGACUGUGGGGCUGGUUCUCUGGUGGGGGUCCUGGCCUGCCACCCUGGUGUGGGGUUAGGCCCUUUGGACCAACCGCCUCCAUGGCCUGGAGUUCUCUGAACAUGCAGUGGAGGUUUGUGUUUCCCCAGAUGUUGACGAUCCAGUUGUGGCUUGUUUUUACUGCAGAUCUGUGAUCUACUGGCCAAUUGAUGACAGUCGUCAUCCAGUAAAGCCUGUGUCCUUGACUUA